AAUUUCUUGUGCAAUUCCUCGGGAAUAAUCGUUUGCCAAAAUAGCAGGUGGUGUGCCAUUUAUAAUCCCGUCUAGCGCAGCUGAACAGUAACUAUGCCGCCGAAAAAGAAGGGAAAUAAAAAGAACCAAGACUGGGACGAUGAUGAGCAGACUGAACAGUCGUCGAUCGUAGUUGGGUCGUCCGGUGGAAAGCCGUCCAAAAAGAAGGGCAAAGUUGACAACGUGGAUUCCGACGAGGAAGGUACAGCAACCCGUGGUGCCAAGAAGGCACCUGCAGCAGCAGUUGGGAAAAAGAGUAAAAAAGGAAAAAAGAACGACGGGGACUGGAGUGAUGAUGAUGAGCAACCGAAAAAGGCCGCGGCUGCCCCUCGGAAAGGAGCUAGUCAUUCUGAUUCGGAAGACGAACUUUCGAAGCGAUCAGCGCAGACUAAACAGGUCACUAAGAAGGAAACCAAAAAGUCUGCAGCAAAGGGUAAGGGAAAGGGCAAAAAGGAUGACGAUUGGUCGGAUAAGGAAGAGAAGGUGAUUGAUCUGCUAGCUGGCGCUGGUUCAGAUGAAGACAGCGAGGACGACGAUCAGGAAGAUGUCAUGCUAGCCAUGAUCAGUAAAAAAUCGUCGAAGAAAAAGCAGCCGAAAUGGAAAGAAUCCCGCAAGCAUGAAUUCGAGGAAGAAAAUGAAGAUUUCGAAGAUAAUUCUGAUGGUGAACACGAGGAAGAACAUUCUGUGGAAUCGGGAACGAAAUCUACGUUGAAAGAUGCUACACCUAAAGGUGAUUCUGCGGCAGCAAAGAAAGAACCACAGCAAAAAGUUGUGCAGGAAAAGAUUGUGGAGGAACCCCCAUUGGUACAGGAAAAGCCAGAAGUACAUGCACCUAUGGCAAAAGUACCGGAACCGGAAGAAAAAUUGAGUAUUGAAGACAACGAUCCAGAUAUCAAGGAAGUAACGCAAAAGGUGGCAGAUGAGCUUACGCUAGAUGGUGAUAACGAAGAGGAAGUUGCGGAAAAAGAGAAAAAACUAACACACAAAGAGAAGAAAAAAAUGAAAAAACAACAAGAGUUUGAAAAACAACAAGAGACGAUGUUGCGCAAAGGUGGUCAGGGACAUUCUGACCUCGAUAGCAACUUUACUAUGUCCCAAGCAUUAAAAACCGGUAAUCAGAGUAAGCACAUGGAACACGCGGUGGAUAUAAAGAUCGAGAAUUUUACCAUUUCCGCUAAAGGUAACGAUUUGUUCGUGAACGCCAAUUUGUUGAUAGCGAACGGUCGACACUAUGGAUUAGUGGGGCCAAACGGACACGGCAAAACUACCCUGCUACGACACAUUGCCAACCGUGCCUUUGCUAUUCCACCAAACAUUGAUGUAUUGCUUUGCGAGCAGGAAGUAGUGGCCGAUGAAACCUCAGCUGUCGAUACGGUACUGAAGGCCGACGUGAAGCGUACUGCUCUCUUGAAGGAGUGCGAAGAAUUGGAACUAGCGAUAGAGGCCGGCAAUUUAGAACUGCAGAACAGAUUGGACGCAGUGUAUAAUGAGCUAAAGGCUAUUGGAGCUGACUCAGCGGAACCUCGUGCCAGGCGCAUCCUAGCCGGUUUGGGCUUUUCACGAGGAAUGCAGAAUCGGCCUACAAACGCGUUUUCCGGCGGUUGGCGUAUGCGCGUUUCACUCGCUCGGGCGCUGUUCAUCGAACCCACUUUGCUAUUACUGGACGAACCGACAAAUCAUCUCGAUUUGAACGCAGUUAUCUGGCUGGACAACUAUCUACAAGGAUGGAAGAAAACGCUGCUCAUCGUGUCCCACGACCAGUCUUUCCUCGACAAUGUUUGCAACGAAAUUAUCCAUCUAGACACUAAAAAGCUGUACUACUACAAGGGCAACUACACGAUGUUCAAGAAAAUGUACGUCCAGAAACGCAAGGAAAUGAUAAAGGAAUACGAAAAACAGGAGCGACGUUUAAAGGACAUGAAAGCGCACGGCCAAUCGAAAAAGGCGGCUGAGAAAAAGCAGAAAGAAAAUCUUACGAGAAAACAAGAAAAGGGCCGGACCAAGAACCAGAAACCAGGCGAGGAAGACGACGGCCCCAUCGAGCUGCUGUCGAAACCGAAAGAGUACAUCGUGAAAUUUAGCUUCCCGGAUCCGCCUCCAUUACAGCCUCCGAUUCUUGGCCUGCACAAUUGCCAUUUUAAUUUUCCUAAUCAGAAGCCGUUGUUUAUCGGGGCCGAUUUCGGUAUCGAUCUUAGCAGCCGUGUCGCCAUCGUCGGCCCGAAUGGUGUCGGAAAGUCCACUUUCUUGAAGCUUCUUGUAGGUGAACUGGAUCCAGUUCAAGGUGAAGCGAAGCGUAAUCAUCGACUUCGGAUCGGACGUUUCGAUCAACAUUCUGGCGAACAUUUGACAGCGGAGGAAACGCCAGCCGAGUAUCUGCAGCGCUUGUUCAAUCUGCCAUACGAAAAGGCUCGUAAACAGCUGGGCACAUUUGGACUGGCAAGUCAUGCGCACACGAUCAAAAUGAAGGAUUUGUCCGGAGGUCAAAAAGCACGUGUCGCCCUAGCUGAGCUAUGCCUCAAUGCUCCGGAUGUAUUGAUCCUCGAUGAACCGACCAACAACUUGGACAUAGAGUCCAUCGACGCGCUGGCGGAUGCAAUUAACGAGUACAAAGGCGGAGUGAUCAUCGUGUCCCACGACGAACGAUUGAUUCGCGAGACGGAAUGUACACUGUUCGUGAUUGAGGAGCAAACCAUCAACGAGGUGGAUGGUGAUUUCGACGAUUACCGCAAGGAGGUUCUGGACAGUUUAGGAGAGGUCAUUAAUAACCCGAGUAUAUCAGCCAACGCGGCGGUACAGCAGUGAUGACAUGUUCAUGGUCUUAAUUUUGCGCUGGUUGUUUUAAUAUUACUAAAUAUAUACUUUACAAAGUUAUGUAUCACAAAUCACACGUGUCCUUAUUUUUUAUCGCUUUUUGGCAUGGUAUGUCCUUC